AUGAAGAUUCUGCUGCUGACUCUUGUGCUUGGUCUGGUCUGUGCUGCCCAGGAACCUCAGUCGGAGACCAACUUCUCACUGGUUUCAGGAGAAUGGAAAACCAUUUACGCCACAUCCAGUAACAUCGAGAAGAUCAGUGAGAAUGGACCGUUCAGGGCUUUUGUCCGUAGACUUGAUUUUGACAGUGAGGGUGACACAAUCGCCUUCACAUUUUUUGUCAAGGUCAAUGGACAAUGCACGAUAAUACAUUCCGUGGCAACAAAAAUAGAAGGAAAUGUUUACAUUAGUGAUUAUGCAGGUAUAAAUGGUUUCAAAAUUCUCGAUUUGUCAGAAAAUGCCAUGAUAGGAUAUAUUCUGAAUGUGGAUGAAGAAGGCCUGGUCACCAAAAUAAUUGCAUUGCUUGGCAAAGGAAAUGAUAUCAAUGAGGAAGAUAUUGAGAAGUUCAAGGAGUUGACUAGACAAAGGGGGAUUCCAGAAGAAAACAUUGUGAAUAUCAUCAAUAUUGAUGACUGUCCUACAAGUGACUAA